GCGUGCUCGACGACUGUCAAACCCAUUCAUCACAUCCAAAUCCCUAACCCAUGAAACCGUGUCCGCAUAUACACCAAAACACAAAAUGAAAAGAUCCCAAGACUUCGUAUCGUCUCCUCGAAAAUCAUCUAAUCACAAAAAAGCUAAGGUAGCGCCUAACCAGGUAGUCCACCACGCGAGUACAGCAUGCGAGGAUGAUCAUGAUGCUGGUGAAGCGGAAUGGACCCGCGUGGAAAAACGCAAGACCAAAAAGAACAAGAAGGUCGAAGCCAAACACGAUGUGUGUCUUAUUAGUGCCUUCCUUUGUCGUCCGCAGCUUUUUUUGAAUGAGAUAUAUGUUUCUUUCUGGUUUUAGGCACUGAUGCCCAGAUUCAUGUACGUGAACGGUGAGAUCGUAAAGAGAAAAGAUGCUGUCCAUAUAAACGACGUUCGAGAUUUGGUGUUGCACAUAGUCGCGGAUGCACCUCCGCCUAACUGGGUCAAGGUCGAGCACGCCCGAUCGAUCGAGAAAGUCGUAACACUCCUCAUACCUGGAAUCCUUCCUUCUACACUGGCCCUUCCACCUCUGCCGACCUCAGCCACCGUUAACCCGAAUAUUCCACUCUCAAUUCCACUUCCUGCAGAAUCGCACACCCCCAUUCCCUUCAUCGCAUCUACUUACAGCCAUGCAUGCCCAACCCGUGCUCCAGGCGACCAAACUCGGAUGUACUCCGUUCUCAGCGAGUUCUUCCAAUGCCAGGUUACACCGCAGGAGAGAGCCAAGAGACAAGCACAGCGAGCCUCACAACGUGCCUUCGAUGGCACACCAGCAUUGUACUUGUUAACGUUGAGGGAGAUGAUAGAGAACGAGUAUCCAAUUCCCUCAUACAUGGCCGAUGUAUUCGAGAAGGGACCCGGUUGGAUCGAGACUCCACAGGCAUCAGAAGAAUCACUGUUAUUGCUUCCAGCAGAUAAGCUAGAAUCAAAAAUAUAUGCUAUCGACUGUGAAAUGUGCUUGACCGAGGAUGGCAAAGAACUCACCCGGGUUUGCAUGAUCGAUUACGAGAGCGGAAUAGUCGUAUACGACAAACUCGUCAAGCCCCCAAAACCAGUCACCGAUUACAUGACUAGAUGGUCGGGCAUCACAGAAUCUUUGCUCGCAUCGGCUACGACAACUGUCGCUGAAGUUCAAGCACAGAUCAUGCCCAUCCUCGCUCCAAAAGAUGGGCCGACCUCCAUUCUGGUCGGACACUCCCUUGAAUCUGACCUCCGUGCCCUGCGGAUCUGCCACCCGAAGUGCAUCGACACCGCGGUCAUUUACCAUCACCCACGCGGCCGGCCGUUGAAGCCCGGGCUUGCGUGGCUCACCAAAAAAUGGCUGAAUCGCGAAAUUCAGACACGGGGUGAUAGUGGACACGACCCGGAGGAGGAUGCGCGGGCGUGUAUUGACCUCCUGCGGUCGAAAGUAAGAUACGGCCCAAGCUAUGGGGAGUUCAAGACUGAUUUUGAGAGCAUAUAUGAGCGUAUGGGGAGGGCAAGCGGGAGGGGCGGACCAGGAUCUGUACGGAGUGUAGUGGUGGACCAUGGAAACCCUGGUGUGAUGCAUGGAUCCAAAGCCAGCUCGAAUGUGCCAUGUACUAGCGACGAAGAAGUACUUGAUGGACUGUUACAGGCUAUUCCAGCACACGAGUUCGCAUUUGGACGGUUUACCGGUGUUGCAGAUGCACUGGGCUGGCUAACACCAAAGACGCCCGCUGGAGAGACCCCAGUCGUCACCCCAGCUGAACCAUCGCCCGUUAUUCUCGCCAACGCCCAAGCAACUCUUAACAACCAGCUGGUCACCCUUUACGCAUCUCUUCCCGCACGAACGGCAUUGAUCAUUUUCACCGGUCACUCGGAUCCCCGACGGAUGGCCAGCCUAAAUGCCAGGAAAUCGGCAUUCGAGUCUGCUAUUAGGAGCGGAAAGAAGGCCGAAGACAUCGAUAAGGCAGAUUGGUGGACAGCUAGUGAAGGGCGUGAACUCGAGGAGGAAGUGGAGAAGGCGAAGAGGGGAUUGUUGUUUUUGGGAGUCAAGUGAAGUGCAAAGAAUAGGUUUGUUGGACUUGCAUCUUGUUGCUGUCUCUUGGUGGUUUUCCUGUGCAUAUAUCUCCACUCUUGCAUAUUUCAUCUUGUGGUUUUAUGGUUCAUUCGUCCCAGUCCAAGCCAAGCACUCCUUCCU